AUGGCGACAGCUGACAGCGGCCUGAAGCCGCUUCAAUAUGCUAUGAAGAUGGCCAAAUCUGCCAUUCAGCUGGACGCGGGGGACAAACACCAGGAGGCCUAUUGUGAAUAUCUUCGGAUCAUCCACUUCCUCUCCUAUGCUCUGUUAGAAGAAGCCACUUCCAAAAAGGGAGAUGAACAGAAACAGGAAGUGGAGCGGAUGUUGAGACUGGCUGAACAGUGCCUGGAGAGAGCCAAGUCUUUCAUAGAGAAGAACGCAGACUCUCUUACCCAAACUUCUGCUAUGGGUGAAUCAAAAACAACACAGUCGCCGAUAACCACAGUGUCUCCGUCUGGUGCUUCUGAUGACCAAAGACCCACGUCCAGUAGCCCAACUAUGCCUAAUGGUGGAGGCCUGUCUUCACCCCUCGUGCCACCAGAACUUUUCCAUAGACUGCAAACAAGGGAUUUACAGGAUUCAAGCAAAAAAGAAUUGACGCCCAUUGAAGAAGCAUCCCGUUUAAACCAGAAACUCAAAGCCAAUUAUGAGGCCCGUGUGGCUCGACUCAGUCCUGGACAGGCCUAUCAGAAGACGUCUCUGAGAGCGCGAGGAGUGGACAUGCGUAAUUAUUGGAGAAAGCUCAGGACUUUUAUCGAGACCCUGUCUCUUCAAAGGCAAAUGAUGGAGAACCUCAUCAUAGCCAGAGCCAGACAGGACUCUCUUCAAAGGAAAAUGGAAGAUAGGAGGCUUCGACUGCAAGAACAAGCCAACCGGAGAUUUGCAGCAUCUGGAGAAAUGACAGCUGAGGAACAGGAGCAACGGACUCUGUACACUAAUGUGCUUGAAUAUGAACAAGAUCAUGAUUGGCCAAAAAUAUGGAAGGAAAAGCUUAAAAUGAAUCCUGAAAACAUACAUUUAGUGAGUGAGCUCAUCUCCUUCCUGUUUAGUCAGUCGGACCACCCUGUUGUAAAGCUGCUGAGAAAACAUCAGUAUCGCAUUUACAGCAGACUCUACCCCCUCGUCUGUAAAAGUGUAAAGAGUCCCAGUCCGGAACUCUCUUCCCAAAACCUACAGCCAGAUACAUCAAUGGGCAGCAGCAGCAGCCACAGUUUUAGCAUUGAUCCCUCACUGUCCCCUUCACACUCUCAAGACCACAUCCUCCACUCGGACCAGGACCGGGACAUAGGGGAGACUGCCGUAGAGCGCGAGAACUCCUUUGAGGACCUGGAGCAGUUCCUGUCUCAGAUUGACUGGGUGCCUCCCCAGGACUGUACAGAUGACUCCAGUUUAAACCCGGAAAUCCAGUCUGGUCAAUCCGAUCUGAGUGAGCUGCACAUCCUGGAGAUGGAAAUGAGGGCUAUCAAAGAUCACCUGAAGGCCACAGUCAAAGAUAUCCACAUAGCCAUUGACCAGCUCCUGUCCUUGUGUCUGCUCUCCUUCGAGUGUUUGAACACGGCCGCCUCCAAAGACCUGUGUCUGGCCAGUAUUGAGGAGGUGUUCUUCUCGCCGCUCUGGACCGCCCUGAUGGCUCUCUUCAGGAAAGUGAACAGGGAGAGAGAGCUGAUGUUUGCCGCCAGCGUGAGGCGCUAUGGAGACGCUUCCCCGAGCUAUGUUGGGGUCUCACCCAAACUGUAUCCACCUGAGGAUAAAACGCCGGAGGGCUCGUACCCAUAUGAGUCCGCAGUCCUAGAACUCAAACUAGUCAUUAAAGACUGCUGUCCUCAAAGGAAACUCAAUUGCAUCGUGAGAACAUUACGGAUUAUUUGUGCCUGUGCCGAAGAUUAUAGAUGUCUCCACGAAGCAUCCAGUCUGUCCAAUCUCAAAACAGCAGCCAUAGGCGCUGAUGACCUGUUACCAAUUCUGUCGUACGUGGCUCUGCGCUGCCAGUGUCCUCAGCUAAUCUCUGAAUGUGCCGCACUGGAGGAGUUCAUUCAUGAAGGGUACCUGAUCGGAGAGGAAGGCUAUUGCUUGACGUCCUUGCAGAGCGCCCUGUCUUACGUGGAGUCUCUGCACGGCCCCAAACCCCAGCCCACUUAG